GGAUGGAGAAAGGAAAAGUAUGAGUGUUGAAAGGACAUUCAGUGAAAUAAGUAACACAGAAGAACAGUACAGCUUAUGCCAGGAGCUAUGCACUGAACUUGCUCAUGAUCUCCAGAAGGAAGGACUGAAGGGGAGAACUGUUACUAUUAAGCUGAAGAAUGUGAAUUUUGAAGUGAAAACUCGUGCGUCUACAGUCCCGUCCACUCUUUCUACUGCAGAAGAAAUAUUUGCCAUUGCUAAGGAACUGCUGAAGACAGAAGUGAACGUGGCUUCUCCACACCCCCUGAGGUUAAGGUUGAUGGGUGUUCGGAUGUCUACUUUUUCCAACAAAGAUGCCAAGAAGCACCAACAAAUGGGCAUCAUUGGCUUCUUACAAACUGAACAGCAUGCUUUGUCAUCUCCUGGGUGUACUGCAGAAAGAACCGACAAAACUGAGUUUGUAAAGCCUUUAGAAAUAUCUCAUAAGAAGAGUUUCUUUGAUAAAAAGCGAUCAGAAAGGAUCUCAAACCAUCAAGACACACCCAGAUGUGAAGUUGUGGAUCAGCAAGCUUUACAGGCCUCACAGCCAUUCCAAGCUUUAAAGAAGAUGAGUGAGAGUUUGGAAACAUUAGAGAAUUCACGUAACUGUCAGACAUUCACGUGUCCAGUUUGCUUUAGGGAUCAGGAAGGUGUCAGUCUGGAAGCCUUUAACGAACAUGUAGAUGCAUGUCUUGAUGGACCAUCCACCAGUGAGAAAUCGAAAAUGCCUCCUUCCUCAUAUGCUUCCUCAGCAGUUGCUGGCCAGAAGGAAGAUGUGCACCAUUCUAUCCCACUAUGUGAGCAACGGGAUUGUGAAGAUGGAGAGGUCACGUCAGCAGAUGGUGUAGAUCUGGAGGAGACUGAAGACAACUCAUUGAAAGCAGCAAGUAUGGACACUUCAGGAGCUAAUCACAGCAAAGAGGAACAUUCUGAUACUCCAAACCAGUCUUGUCCUAUUUCACUGGCAAAUGAAGCUGAAGCUGUCAGAAUAUUAAGUGAGCAAGAAUCCAUCCGGCCCUGUACAGAUGAGAUAGUAACAGGACAAGCUCUAGUUUGUCCUGUUUGUAACCUAGAACAGAAGACUUCUGACCUUACCCUCUUCAAUGUGCAUGUGGAUAUUUGCUUAAAUAAAGGCAUUAUCCAAGAACUGAGGAAUAAUGAAGUUAAUUCAGUUGGCCAACACAAAGAAAGCUCCAGAAAUACUGGCAGACUUCAGAAGGCUGCAGGAAGGACAAAAAGGCGGAGACAGAGGACAAAGUGGUCUACAUCAAAGAAAACAAAACCCCGAAGUCCCAGACACACCCUUGAUAUGUUUUUUAAAUGAACUUUGAACAUUUUAUCAACAUUCUUAUUGAAAUUCUUAGUUUUAUAACCAGUGUAUUUAGCCUUCCUCAUUUUUAAGAUUCAUCUAGGGAAGACAAGUGCAAUAUUACCUCCUCAUAUGACCUUUUUAAGGAAUGUAGACUGCAUAUUAACUUAUUUCUUUAUAUUUCCCUUAAUAACCAUAAGAUUUCAUUUCCAGUGUACAUCAGUUGGAAAUCAGUCAUGUUAAAGACAGCUUUAAAAUGAAAGUAAAAGGGGAGGUCAGAAGAUGAUGUAUUAUUUUAUAAUGAGCAUAAAAUACUUACGGAGUCUGAGUUGUGUGCACUAGUUGCAGCAUGAGCAUCUCAGUGCUUAGCCGCCGUGGUGCCAUUGGAUGCUGCUGUACUUGCUCUUGUGUCUAAUUUAAGUGUUCUGUGAGCAUUUGUAGUUAGAUUUAACCAUGAGGUCUAUGAAGAACAUUGGUUUAACAGAAAUAGCAACGGGUACACGUGUUACCUUCAUGAAAGCAAUGCACAGUAUUAUCUGUGUUUGAAGGACUUGUUCAAACUAUUGUUAGUUGUUUUUCCUUACAAUUCUUUUACCUUACAAAUAAGCACUUGGUUCACAUAAAGAAAUCUUUAGUACACAAUUCAAAAUAGUUUGUUUUUUAACUCAGUAACUUUAAAUAGCAGUAUUUCUUUUCUUGGUAAAUGUAUUUAACUUUCUACAAAUCUGUAGUAGACAAGAUAAGUUGUGUUGUCACUUGAUUUUCAUUCUACUCUUUAAGAGAAAAUGUGCAACUCAGAAGAUGCAUGCCUUAGAAAGCAUAGCACUGACCUCAGUGACAUGCCUGUCACACCUUUGUUAACAUUUGUGAAAGAAGAAAGAUUUGCAGCAGUUAAGGAGUUGCUCCAAACAUGGUGCCACCCACAAGUUCUUAUCAAAAAUCCCCUUUUGCUACUGCUUUAAGAACUAAAUCUUGCCAGGAGGUGGUGGUACCUUUAAUCCCAGCACUUGAAAAUCAGAGGCAGGCUCUGAGUUGGAAGCCAGCCUGGUCUACAGAGUGAAUUCCAGGACAGUCUGGUCUACACAGAAACUGUGUGUCAUAAAAGCAAAAAAAGGGAAAAAGAGAACUGAAUCUUUUUUCUUAUAGUUUGAUCUUUGAAUAUCUUAGUGCAUUUAGAGUAGACAAAUAUUUGAGGGAUACCUUCCUUAGGGCAAAGCCUUUGCCACAGUUGUAACCUGACUUUUAAUUACCAGCCUGUUCAUAGAUGAGCUGAAAGCUUACUGACGUGCCAGUCCCUUACCUGAUUGUCCUCACCAUGACAGUUCCAAAGCUGUGGUGUUUUGGUUAUUGAUUGUGAUUUACUUAUGUAAAUUAUUUAUAAAAUUCAGUGAAACUGAUUUAAUGUAUUAAAAAGUAGAUAUUAUUGUAUUUAUUGUUUUCUCCCAUCUGAAAUUUAUUUUUAUUGUUUUCCACAUUAAAUAAUAAAUUAUUUUCAA